UGGCUUAUCAAUAAAAAAACAAUGGAUUUUGAAACUAUCAAUAAUUUACGUCGCAUUUGAUAUGUUGUACGUAAUGACAUAAUCAAAAACCUCAGACUGCAUAAAAAAAUUGAAUAAGUUUUAUGGAAAUUUGUUGUCGUACCACGUGUGCACAGAACAACGGUGCAUGAAUGGAUACAGGUUAUCAUGUCACUUUUGCGUAAGAAACAAAUUUAUAACAAAUAUAUAGUGAAGUGAUUUGUACAUUUUUAAAGAAAAGAAGCUAAAAAAGUAAAUUACGUUAUAAAGAAGAAUUUUUAAUAUCAAAUUUCGUUCUACUUUUGUUAUGUAAAUAGUUUAGGUUAUUACACGACCUUUGAAGUUUAUGAAUAAUUUUUGAAUCAGAUAACUCAAAUUUGUUACAUAACUUUAUGUUCUUAAUUAAUUUUAUGUUAAGAAGAACGGUUUAUCAAGAAAAAGAGAGUUUCUGCUUUGUUUUUGAGACUGAGCAAAAAAAUUAUCGCAAAAUCUUGUUAUUUUAUUUACAAUUGACUGACAAUGUUUAUCUCUAGAAGGUUGUUAAAAACAGCAACAUUUGGAAUCAUUGGAUUCGGUACACUGGCCUCGCUGAGAGCUAAUGAAUACGAUAUAGGAUCUAUAGGUAUCGUAAGACUUGGGCGAGCUGCAGCCAAAGUGUUCAUAAUAGGUAGACAUUAUAGGAAUGAAUUAUACGCAAGCGAAUUGCCCAACAAUAGUCCAGAAUAUUUGGAUUUAAAAUCAAGAGUACACAAAUUCGGAGCAGAGAAACUUUUAGAGCUCUGCUGUGAAAACAAAGGUGUUUAUAUAAAAGUAGGUCAACAUAUCGGAGCAUUAGAUUACUUACUACCAGCAGAGUAUGUUAGAACUAUGCGAGUACUGCAUAGUUCUGCGCCACAGUCGUCUUUCAAAGAUAUAUUAACUGUGAUCAAAGAAGACUUCAAGAAAGAUCCUUACGAAAUAUUUGAAAGUAUCGAUCCUGAACCAUUGGGAUCAGCUAGUUUAGCGCAAGUUCACAAAGCUGUAUUGAAAGAUGGCAGCAUUGUUGCCGUUAAAAUUCAACAUCGGUCUGUUAAAACAAAUUCUUACGUGGAUAUAAAAACCAUGUCCCUUUUAGUGAGGAUUACGUCGUUAGUUUUUCCUGACUUCAAAUUCGAUUGGCUCGUGGAUGAAACGAAAAAGAACAUUCCUAGAGAAUUAGACUUCUUGCAAGAAGGGAGGAAUGCUGAGAAAGUUCAAAGCAUAUUUUCGCAUUACAAUUGGUUGAAAAUACCAAAAAUCUAUUGGGAUAUUUCGUCGCAUCGUGUUUUAACGAUGGAGUUCGUAGACGGUGGUCAAGUCAAUGAUUUAAAAUAUAUUCAAAAUAAUAAGUUGAAUGCGUACGAAGUUAGUAGCAAAUUAGGACGACUGUAUAGUCAUAUGAUAUUUAUCGUGGGAUUUGUACAUUCUGAUCCCCAUCCUGGCAACAUUUUGGUACGAAAAAAAGAUAACGAAGCAGAAAUAGUUCUCUUGGAUCAUGGAUUGUAUGCGAAUCUUUCCAAUGAAUUUCGAUGGGAAUAUUCUAAACUAUGGUUAGCAAUUUUUGACAGAGACAAAAGUGCGAUGCAAAUACAUUGCGCCAGGUUGGGUGUUUCAGAUUUAUACGGACUACUGGCUUGUAUGGUAUCGGGUAGAUCUUGGAAUGCAAUUAUGGCGGGUAUUCAGAAAACUAAAUACAAUGUUAACGAGAAGUUGGAAUUUCAAAAAGGAAUACAACAAUUCUUACCAGAAAUUAGUAGCGUACUUCAAAAAGUGAAUAGACAAAUAUUGUUAAUUUUCAAAACAAACGAUCUUUUACGUUCUAUCGAAUAUUCCUUGAAUACAGGGUCUAGAAUGUUUGGAAUGAUGGAAAUGUCGAAAUGUUGUAUAUACUCUGUUUAUGGAGAACAACUGAAAUUGUGCACGAAUCCAUGGAUAAGAUGGAAACUUUUCGUAUCAAAACAAUGGUCGUUAUUUAAAUUAUCAUUAUAUUAUAUAUAUCUAGGAGCAUUAAAUUUUAAUAUAAAAACCUCCACAGAAUCAUUUAUGAAUAACAGCUAUUACUCUUUUUAAAAAAGAUAUUACUUUAGAAUAAUCUAAUAUGUAAUGUUUUGCAAGAUGUAAGAUAAUAUAUAAAUCUUUUUGUAAAAAAAAUCUGCCUAACAAUGACCAUGUUACUUGGAGGUGAACUGUUUACAAAUACAGUAACACUUUCUUCUUUAAUUGUGUAAAUUCAUUGUACAACAACACAAAAUAAGCGGCUCAUAUACAUAUGUAUAAUUAAAAAAUGUACAGAAUUAAUUUUAUUAUACAUAAUAAUAUACAUAUAAACUAAAUAACUAAAUGUAUACUUGGUCGUUUGUUACGUUUAAUAGCAAAAAAUAAAUUAUUUCUGUUGCGUUAAUAUUUUUUAUAAACUAUCAAUGUAUCUAUUUUGCGUAUUAAUACAACGUCGACGACAAAAGUCUUAAUUUAAGAAAGUAUAAAUCCAAUAAAUUGCAUUAUUUUUUACAGCCACGCUAUGAUAUACUUUCUUUGAUGUUCAAUGUAAGCAAUAAACAUAAAAAAUAAAGAUUAUAUACCUAAAAUAUCGAAGAAAAUAUCUUUUCGAUGAAAUUUGUUUGUAAUGGAUAUUAAUAUCUUUGCGAGAUCGAUACGUAGCGUAGCUCUUUGUUAUUAAUGAGUCAUGCAAUUCGUCAGUCGUUUAUUACAUCAUUAUGACGUAAAAAGCAAAUUCGUCAUCAGCGCACAAUUUAACGUAAUCUGUGGCAUUAAUGGGAGAAGGAUAAAUAAAAAAAAGUUUUUAUAAAAAAUA